AAGGAUUGCACACAUGCAAAACAUGAAUGCAAAUGCUAUGGAGAACAAUGGACAAUGGCAGCCACUAACUCAAGUCAGACACAUGCAAAACAUGAAUACAAAUGCUAUGGUGAACAGUGGACAAUGGCAGCCACAGACUCAAGGUUAUAGUUUCCAGAGCUCGACUGUUACUUACGGUGGUAAUGACGGAAACUACUACACUUCGUCCACGACCAGAAGGACAGGAAGUGAUGGGUUAACUCUGGAAGAAAGCAAAGAAGCUAAUACUGCAACUCGCGAAGCAGCGCACAGGAUUUCAAGAGGCUUCCAUAACAAGGGCCACACGGUUGAGCGUACGCGCAACUCGGAUGGUCGGGUUGGUACAAACCAGAUUUUGCACAAUCUGAACGAAGAUGAAUUGGCUGGUUUUGAACAGUCUUGGAGUAGCAAUGCUGGAAUGCAAAUGCAAUUCCCCAGUCUGUCUGGUUCCUUUGGCAGUGGCUUUGUUAACAGAGAGCAACCAAUGUUGCCUCCUCCGACUGAUCCAAGCUCUUCUCGUGCAAGAAGAGGGCCUUACUGUCACAGAAGAAGGAAUGCAACGGAUUUAAGCAGGCUGGGUUUCUAAAGGCUCCAAGUGAAUGUAACCAAAAGACUAUUAUAUACUUUACUUUGGUUGCAUGGUUACUGUAACCUCUGUAUGAUGACAUGAUUUGAGUGGUUUAUGAUUUAUGGUUUAUGGUUUAUGCAUGUUUGGCUACAUCAACUUGUUCUUAACUGCUUGUGCUCAAGUGAUUUAGAUCAAGCCUCAAGGGUUUUCUUCAAUCA